UUCUCAGACUCCCGGCGCUCUGCAUGGGAAUGGAACUGUCUAUAAAGGCUGCUGCUCACUCCACAUUUCUGACUGGGCUUCCUGCACGCAAGCUGUGUUUAUUCUCUAAAGGAAAAUGGUUAGUCGAAUUCAGCAUCCGGCUGGUGGGUACAUGAAAAUAUUUGAGACGUGUGAAGAAUUGAAUGAACCUAUUCCUGCUAUCGUUGUAGGUGUGAUUCCAGAAUGGCUGAGUGGCGGUCUAUUGCGUCUGGGACCCGGCCUGUUCGAGGUGGGGGCUGAACCUUUCUACCACCUUUUUGAUGGCCAGGCCCUCAUGCACAAGUUUGACCUAAAGAAUGGCCAUGUGACCUACUAUCGGAAAUUUGUCAAAACAGAUGCCUAUGUGCGAGCCAUGACAGAGAAAAGAGUGGUCAUCACUGAGUUUGGAACAGCAGCCUACCCAGACCCCUGCAAAAAUAUAUUCUCAAGGUUUUUCACCUACUUCAAAGGAAUUGAGGUGACAGAUAAUUGCUUAGUGAAUGUGUACCCUGUUGGUGAGGAUUUCUAUGCCUGCACAGAAACCAACUACAUCACCAAAGUGGACCCAGACACACUGGAGACUCUGAAAAAGGUGGACCUGUGUGAUUACCUCUCGGUCAAUGGGGUGACGGCUCAUCCACACAUUGAAAGUGAUGGAACGGUGUACAACCUUGGGAACUGUUUUGGGAAGAACAUGUCAUUGGCCUACAACAUUGUAAAAAUUCCUCCCACACAGAAAGACAAGUCAGAUCCCAUUGCAAAGUCCAAGGUUCUUGUGCAGCUACCCAGCAGUGAGAGAUUCAAGCCCUCAUACGUUCAUAGCUUUGGAAUGACAGAAAACUACUUUGUCUUUGUUGAGACUCCAAUAAAGAUCAACCUUCUAAAAUUCUUGACUGCUUGGAGCAUCUGGGGCACAAAUUACAUGGAUUGCUUUGAGUCAAACGAAACCAUGGGUACAUGGUUCCAUCUGGCUAUGAAGGACCCAGCUAAAUACAUAGAGCAUAAAUUCAGGACCUCUGCCUUCAAUCUCUUCCAUCACAUCAACAGCUAUGAGGACGAUGGCUUCGUCGUUGUUGACCUGUGCACUUGGAAAGGUCAUGAGUUUGUCUACAACUACCUAUAUCUGGCCAACCUGCGGGAGAACUGGGAGGAAGUGAAGAAAGCUGCUAUGAGGGCACCUCAACCGGAGGUCCGGCGAUACGUUCUGCCCAUAGACGUCCACAGAGAGAAACAGGGGAAGAAUCUGAUAUCCCUUCCGUACACCACAGCCACUGCAGUGAUGCGCAGUGAUGGAACCAUCUGGCUGGAGCCUGAGGUUCUGUUCUCUGGACCACGACAAGCAUUUGAGUUUCCUCAGAUCAACUACAGUAAGUUCUCUGGGAAGAACUACAGCUAUGCCUAUGGACUGGGUCUGAACCACUUCAUCCCUGACAGGAUUUGCAAACUGAACGUGAAGACCAAGGAGACGUGGGUGUGGCAGGAGCCAGACUCUUACCCCUCAGAACCCAUCUUUGUGCAGACCCCAGACUCUGUGGAGGAAGAUGAUGGGGUGUUGUUGAGCAUCGUGGUGAACCCUGGAGCAGACCAGAGGCCAGGGUACCUCCUCAUCCUCAAUGCCAGAGACCUGACAGAGAUCGCACGGGCUGAGGUGGAGGUCAUCAUCCCUGUCACCUUCCAUGGAAUGUACAAGCCUUAGGACUACUUUCUCAACACAUCUACAGAACAAUCAUAAUACUAAAACCUUUGUUGGGAUUAUACUUUACAUAAGAAAUCUAGUUACAGUGCAUUCGGAAAGUAUUCAGACAUCUUCCCUUUUUCCACAUUUUGUUAACGUUACAUCCUUAUUUUAAAAUGGAUUAAAUAAAAAAAGUUAAAUCUACACACAAUACCCCAUAAUGACCAAGUGACAUAUUUUAGACAUUAUUGCAAAUGUAUUAAUCAAAAUACAAGUACCUUACUUGUCUAAAUACUUAUGCAUUUUGCUAUGAGAUUCGAAAUUGAGCUCAGGUGCAUCCUGUUUCCAUUGAUCAUCCUUGAGAUGUUUCUACAACUUGAUUGGAGUCCACAUGUGGUAAAUUCAAUUGAUUGGACAUGAUUUGGAAAGGCACACACCUGUCUACAUCAGGUUCCACAGUUAACGGUGCUUGUCAGAGCAAAAACUAAGCCAUGAGAUCGAAGGAAUUGUCCGUA